AUGUCUAUCUGGGACUCCUUCAGCGGCCGCAAGCAAUCCAAAGGCCCCGACGCCUUCGACCCUUCGACAGCGCAGGAUGCCACGUCCUUCCUCUCUGAGGUCGCCAUUCCCGACCCGACCCAGCUUCACCCCCUCGCUGGCCUGAACCAGGAUACUCUCGAUUACAUCACCCUCGAAGAUUCCGCGCUUGACGAACUCCCCGGUUCGCGAUCCGUUCUCCCUUCCCGCGGAUGGUCUGAUGAUCUCUGUUAUGGAACCGGCACAACCUACCUCGCGGCACUGACCCUAGGAGGCGUAUGGGGAUUGUCCGAGGGACUCAGAAAGACGCCCGUGACGGCACCUCCGAAGAUCCGACUGAACGGUGUUCUGAACUCGAUUACGCGGAGAGGACCUUUCCUCGGCAACUCCGCGGGUGUUGUGGCUAUGGUCUAUAACUGUUUCAACUCCGGCCUAGGAUACGCUCGCGGAAAGCAUGAUUCCGCGAACUCCAUCGCCGCCGGUGCUCUUAGUGGAAUGAUCUUCAAGAGUACCCGUGGUCUCAAGCCUAUGAUGAUCUCCGGCGGCAUUGUAGCCAGCAUUGCAGGUGGCUGGGCUGUCGUGAGAAAAGCCUUCCUGUAA